CUGCUCGCCAUUAACUCAUCGUAGGUUUGACCCGCCCUGUACCAUCUUCACACUUUGUAGAGUUCCCUCCCCCUCCCUCUUCUCUUUCGAAGGCCAGUCAUGCUCCCAACCCUCGCGGUGGCCUCGCGCUCAGCCUGGAAAGGUCCCUUCUUUGUCGCUCUGCCCAACCUCGCAGCCGCCCUGAGGGAUAACACGCCCAUCCGGACAAAUGCUCGCUCUUGCACCAUUCUGCCAAAUUACGUCGGGCUCCGCUUCCUAAUUCACAAUGGCAAGCAACACCUCCCCAUCUCCAUUACCGAGGAGAUGGUAGGUCACAAGCUGGGCGAAUUUGCUCCUACACGCAAGAGGUUCCAGUACAAGUUUAGUAAGAACAAGUAAAGGAGGAAAGUUGCUCUGCGCAAGACUUCAGGACAGGAGAGGGAGAGGGACAGGAGAGGGACAGAGAUUCUCUGUCAUAUCGGCCGGCAGAGACGAUCGACGGCGCCAUCGGCGGCUACCCAUCAUUUGUAUCACUAGCAUCACAAUAUCAUCAACAUCACACGGCAUACUCCU